GAGUUCGCGGGCAAAUGCGAGCAGUAAGUCGAAAUUUUUCCACCCACGGACUCUCGGUGCUAACUAAGGUUUGCACAGCAGCCAUGAGCUACAUCAAUCUGCCCACCGUGCUGCCCAGCUCCCCCAGCAAGACUCGGGGGCAGAUUCAGGUGAUUCUCGGGCCCAUGUUCUCAGGGAAAAGGUAAUGAAUGGGCCUUCGGGGCGGUGGGCCUCCCUCUCUCUCUGCAGCCUCUCUCUCUGCAGGCCCUGGCUCUCCUCUCCCCCCUCCCCCAUCUUCCCAGGAGCCUCUGACUAGGCGGCAAACGCGCUCGACCUCUGUGUGUACAUUCCCGCCCAAAAUUCGAUUUCCUGGAUUGCUGCCAUCCUCCUGCCCAAGCCUUUUCUCUUGGGGAACCCUAUCUUUGCUGAGGCGGACCACAUGGGGGUACAAUUGAAGACCCCAGCCCACAUUACCCAGGAGCCCACCGAACUCUCAUGUGUCCCCUGGGAGUUAGGCACCUUCUCUGACAGUUUCCUCAUUCAUUCCCCAUGCGAGCUCUCCUAAAGCCUUGGAGCCCAAUUAACUCUGAGCACAGAGCUGAUGAGAAGAGUCCGGCGCUUCCAGAUCGCCCAGUACAAGUGCCUGGUCAUCAAGUAUGCCAAAGACACGCGCUAUAGCAACAGCUUCUCCACACAUGAUCGGAACACCAUGGACGCAUUGCCAGCCUGCAUGCUCCGCGAUGUGACCCAGGAGUCCUUGGGUGUGGCCGUCAUUGGCAUCGAUGAGGGGCAGUUUUUUCCUGACAUUGUGGAUUUCUGUGAAAUGAUGGCCAACGAGGGCAAGACAGUAAUUGUGGCAGCGCUGGAUGGGACCUUCCAGAGGAAGGCUUUCGGCAGCAUCUUGAACCUGGUGCCCCUGGCGGAGAGUGUGGUGAAGCUCACCGCUGUGUGCAUGGAGUGCUUCCGAGAAGCUGCCUACACGAAGAGGCUGGGCCUGGAGAAAGAGGUGGAGGUGAUUGGCGGAGCCGACAAGUAUCACUCCGUGUGCCGCCUGUGCUACUUUAAGAAGUCUUCAGCCCAGACUGCUGGCUCAGACAACAAGAACUGUCUGGUGCUGGGGCAGCCGGGAGAGGCCUUGGUUGUCAGGAAGCUCUUUGCCUCUCAGCAAGUCCUACAAUACAACUCUGCCAACUGAGGGGACCUGAGGCCUGCCAGCUCCUACCCAGGUUGGACUCUCAGAGAGCAGGGGGAGCGCGGGCCUGCCAUUCCUAAUGGACAAUGUACCUUGAACAGGCUGCCACUCGCUGAAGCCGUUUUCAGUUCCCUUCUUGAUUGCCAAGAUGCCUCAAUGCAGACUGGAGCCCAGACCCUGCCUGGUGGCUAGCGGUCCCGUGUUCAGCCAAAGGUGAGGACAGAGCUGUCCAGCAUUGUGACACUGGUGGGGCUAGUUUCUUCCUUGUUGGUGGCUGGGUUUCAGUCUCAGAGCCCCACCCUCACCAAGGCUCCAGGCCUCUCACAGCUCCCCCAUUUAUGCCUAAACAUUCUCUCCUCAGAACCUCAGCUCUUAGUGAGCCACUUUUCUUGUGCAAAAUGAACAAUAUUAAAGUUUACUACUAAUGAGAA